GCCUGUGGCGUCUGCACUACUGACGCGCAGUGCGGCACUGGGAAUAUCUGUCAGUUGGGCGCGUGCCAGCCAGGAUGCACAUCAGCAUCUCAGUGCACAAGCGGACAACUCUGCGAUACUGGACGUUGCCGUGCCUGCGCCUCGUCGUCUGAAUGUGCCAGCGGCCAGGUCUGCCUCCUAGGUCUCUGUACAUCCUGUACUCUGGACGCGCAGUGCGGUAGCACUCAGAUCUGCCGCAGCGGCGCAUGCGUGGCCGGUUGCACGUCCAACACGGACUGUGGAUCGGGCCAGGUGUGCCAGAGCAAGCGAUGCACGGCAUUGGAAAGGUGUGCGACAACAGCGUCUGCCACUCUGCGUGUACGGCCAACGCGCAGUGCGGCACGGGACAGGUCUGCAACAAUGGACAUUGCACGCCUUGCACUGCUACAUCUCAAUGCACAGCCGGCCUUGUCUGUAGCUCAGGCGCGUGCGGUGCUUGCUCCGCGUCGAGUCAGUGUCCCUCUGGGCAAUACUGCAGCAACGGUUCCUGCAUCGCAGGUUGUGAUACCAACGCGGGCUGCUCAACCGGUCAGGUCUGCUCCAACAACUUCUGCAUCGCCGCUUGCACAUCCAACUCGGCCUGCACAAACGGCCAGGCCUGUGUGGCGGGAAUCUGCAUCCCGUGUGCCUUGUCGACGCAGUGCGGAAGCGGCCAGGUCUGCAGCGAAGGGACAUGCAUCAACGCCUGUACCUCGACGUCUUGCACCAACGGUCUCGUCUGCAAGAAUAGUCUCUGUUCUGCCUGUUUGGUGAACACGGACUGUCCCACCGGCAAGGUCUGCACCAGUGGUGCGUGCGGCUCCUGCACCGCUUCGACGCAGUGUUCCUCGGGACAGGUCUGCCAGGGCGGUUCGUGCAUCACGGCCUGCACGUCCACGUCUUGUACCAACGGCCAAGUCUGCUCGCAGUCCACGGGUGUCUGUACUUUGUGCACGGCCAACUCGCAAUGCGCCACUGGGCAGGUCUGCAACAGCAGCACCGGACUAUGCGGCUCCUGUACAUCCAACGACCAGUGCGGCACGGGCAACGUCUGCAAAGCCGGCGUCUGCAUCGCGGGGUGCACCUCGAACGCGUCCUGCUCGGGCGGCAAGAUAUGCGCCGGCCUCCUCUGCACGUCGUGCACCGCGACCAGCCAGUGCAAUGCCGGACAGGCGUGCUUGACAGGCGGGACGUGCGGCGCCUGCACGGCUUCCACGCAGUGCGCGACGGGACAGGUUUGUAAGAACGGCGCGUGCGGCGCGUGCUCGGCCAACAAGGACUGUCCGACCAACUUUGCCUGCGACACGGGCCUCUGCGUGUCGUUGCAGUGCGGCAGCAGAGCAGAUUGCAGUAGCCGCUUGCUGGGCCUGUGCGGGCUUGGUUUGUGUUCGUGUACGAGGGGGCUCUGUGUGCUGCCGCUGCUGGGGGGGAUAGGGGUAUAGGGAGUAAGAACGCGGUUGUUGGAGAGAUGGAGGUCGCGUUUGGCAUGUCGGUGUUUGACAUUUAUACUGGCGAACGGGCUACCCUGUAGAAAUGAUUGUCUGUGUCAUGGAGUACGAAUGAGCGAGGCCAUGGUUUAUGUACGGCACUAAGCGUCGUUACUUGUAUAUU